AAAGUGAUGGAGUCAGGGUGAGAGUGUCCAAGGGGUAGUAACUGGGUGCUGGGAGACGUGACGGCUGUUCUACUAAGCUUGUUUGUCCGAGGCGCAGUGUGUGGUUGGCAGCAUCGCGACAAAUUUGACUUCACGGCGCAUCGAAGCGGAGAAUCAGUGAAAGAAAAUGUCUCGGCAGAUUCGUCUUCCCUUCAAGGGCAUGAUGGCGCCCACCUUCACUCCGUUCAAGGAUGAUGGCUCCCUCGAUCUGGACCUGGUGAAGCCGUACGCCGCUCACCUGAAGGCUGUAGGUGUGACUGGGGUGUGGGUCAACGGCACGGCUGGCGAGGGCAUGUCGAUGAUGUUGCCGGAGCGGAAGGCCGUGGCGGAGGCGUGGCUGGCGUGUCGCGCGGACGUGCCUGUUGUGAUCGUGCAGUGCGGCGCGGGAUGCCUCAAGGACACCCAUGACCUGGCACGUCACGCGGCGGAGAAAGGGGCUGAUGGAGUGGCCGUUCUGCCGCUUCUCUUCGACCCCCCCAAGACCACCGACGACCUGGUGGACUACAUGGUUGAGGUGGCCAAGGCGUGCCCCUCCACCCCUCUCUUUUACUACCACAUCCCCAUGAAGACCGGCGUGAAACUGUCGAUGAGCGAGUUCCUGGAGAAGGGCGUGAAGCGGAUACCCACGCUGUCGGGAAUCAAGUUCACCGACGAGGACGUGAGUGGCGAGGGCAGGAAGUGUCUGAAGGUGGACGGCGGCAACCUGACAGUGUUUAAUGGCUUUGACCAGAUGCUUCAGAAGUCCCUCAGCGUGGGCUUCACCUCCAGCGUCAAUGCGGGCUUCACCUUCCUGCCGCAUCUGGGCGCCCGCAUCUUCAGUCUAAUGGAGGCAGGUGACGUGGAGGAGGCGCUGAAGGUGCAGGAGAGACUCACCAGCUGCUACGACAUCAUCUACAGGCAGAAUGGCGGAGCGUUCAGCGCGGCUUACAUGAAGGCUGCGAGCAGCAUCCUGACCGGGCUGCAGUUUGGGCCCACGCGCCUGCCCGUGAAGCCCCUGACGGAGGAGAUGAGGGCCACGCUGAAGAGAGACCUUGAGAAGCAUGGUCUCAAGGUGUACUGAAAGGCCGAAUUAAACAGGAGGAGGAGGAGGAGGAGGAAGAGGCUUAAGAGAAAGGGAUAGAAGAAGGGGAACAGGAAGGAAUAGAAAAGGAGAUUGAAAGGUAAAGAUGUGUAAGUGAAAUCUGGCGUAAGUGGGGGAGAAGGAGGAAAAGAGGACACAAAUUAGAGAUACGACGAGGAAGAGAUAGAAAUAAAAUGAAAGUUAGAGUAGAAGGGGGAGCAGUGUAGACGGGGGAUGCCAUCGAGAGGUUGUGAUAGUGGUGCUCAGGAGAAAGAAGAAAAGGAAGAGGAGUAAGGAAGAGAAAGAGUAAGAGGAAAUGGAUUGGGGGUAGGUGUUAGGAAGUAGCAGAGGAUAGAAAUCACGAGAAAAGGAUAAACAGGAAAUUAUAAAUAUGAUGGUGAUAGCGGUGGUAGUGAUGCUAGACGAGGGGGAAAGGGAGGAAGAGGAAGAAGAAGAGGAGGAGGACGAGGAAGAGAAGAUCCUUUAACCCUGCGAGUGGCAUCCGCUUGAUUAAUGUUUGUUUACUCCAUCGCUUUAAUUACGGAAAUAAUACAUUUUUGAAGCCCUUUUA